AUGAAAGUGUUUGUCGCGUCUUUCCUUUUAUACCUGUUUAUACCAGUCUCAAUAAAAGGAAGUCAAAAAAAGGUUAAUUGGAAUGUUACCAAAUAUGAAGAAAGGGAUAUAACGGUUGAAGUGAAUGGUACCAAUAAGGUGGAAAUAGUUUGUGAUUAUCAACAUGCAAUACGAAUUACAAGUGCUAAGUCAAUAUUUGAGAAAAAUACAUCGAUCAAAGAAUUAGAAGUUAUACAUGUUCUGAGGGAUCUGUGUGAAGAUAGAAAUAUUUGUAAAUUUAUCCCUAAAACCGUGACCUUUAAAAAAUAUGACGAUACGACCCAACUCUAUAUACCAAAUCUUUGUGUGACAGGCGUUGAUUGUAAACACAAAUUAAACAUAAAAUAUAAAUGUUUAGAUAACUUUAUGUCUUCCUUAAAAGAAAACCCCGCAGAUACGUUUAUGGUUAGCCAAGAAGAUAAUAAACAUCAAAUAUCGAUUUCUUGUUACAAAAGGGAUUAUAUAGAAAUAAUCUCUGUUGAUUUUCUUAGAUACAAAAAAGAACAUAGUCAGGAGGCACAGGAAUUGAUCAAAAAAGUAUAUGAACAGUGUAACGGUAAAAAAUACUGUGUUUUUUCGGAACCCUCCAGUAAUAAACUAGGUUUCCUUACUGUUACUUAUAGGUGUUCUGAGCCUCUGUAUUCUUAUUAUAAAUAUACAAAUCCCAAAGAUGAUAUAAAGGUUGGUCAAUUUUACCUUUUAAGUAACGAAAUGGCCAAUGUCAAGAUAAUAUGCCCAAUGGGUCUUGUCAAGAUUAAAAGUGCUCUAUGGGAGGUUGAUACAAAGUGUCACGCUACUAACAACAUUUUUGAUAGAACCAAUGUAGUAGGAAAAUUUUGUGAUGAAAAGGCAAUUUGUACCUUCGUUCCCUCAUCAUACAUCAGUAUUGACAAUUCAUCACUCAAAUAUUUGAACAUGGGUGGUUUGUGCCGUUCUGAGUACUACCACAAACUAAAAAUUACAUUUGAUUGCCAAUAUAAUCAUAUGAAUAAUUACUGGCCCACAUGGAUUAAAACCAAAGAUGUGGUUAUUGGCCAAAACACUAAGAUUGAAUGCGAUGCAGGUCGAUCAGUUGACAUUUACACUGGCUAUUGGGGUACAGACGACAGAAGUGUUCGCGGUGGCCAUUUUUUAGAUUAUAGUGAAAAGAUUGCCGAAUAUUGUAAUGGAAAGGGAUCUUGCGAUCUGAAACCAAGUGCUGUAGGUGGUAAUGGCAAUAUUGUCAUGCCUACUUUUUUUCCGAAUAUCCCUUACAAACUAAAAUUGCGUUAUGCCUGUAGGAGACAUGCCGCAAUGCAGUACGAUAAUUCUGGAUUUGAUAGGCCCGAUAUUUUUUAUAAAAUUGAAGAAGAAUGCGAAAAACCUCCGGCGUAUCUGGCUUCAAGUCACCAACAAAUUGCCAAACCUAUAAAUAUUUCAAAUGGUACCAUCAUUUCUGUGAAUUCUACAUUUGACUUCAAAUCAUCGAUGGCUAUUAUAAUUGGGCACAAAAUUAGAAUAACAAUUGAUGCACAUAGGAAGGAAGUUACCAUAAUUUCUGGUUAUACGAGUUCUAAACAUAAUAUAAAUGAGGACAUGGAUAGGUUUGUUUUCACAAUAUUGGUGCUUGGUGGGAAUGUGUUUUUCAACUUUGAAUAUAGCAUUAAUGGCAGUGCUAAGAUCGAACAUUUCACCCAUGAACACAUUAUAUUCGAGGAUAAAGAUGUCAAAGAUAUUGUUAAGAUGUAUUCCAACAUAGCACCGAAUGAGUUCAAAGUUUACUAUGGUGUUUUGAAUAUGUAUAAUGAACGUGAAGUUUCUGGUACCUAG